AUGUCAAAGAUUGAAGAGAUCGACACGCAUGUUAAAGUAUACCUAUAUGAUAUUGGCUAUCAGAAAUGGUCUCGGGUACAUGCUACGGUGAACAGAACGUGGACAAUGACAUCAAACAUUGCAGAGUCAUUGAAUGCGGUGAAGGCUUCAAAAUAUCACAUCCAUACAGUGAUAGAUGGUGUGAAGCGCUUCAUUGUUUGCCUUCAAAACAAGAGAUGUAGUUGUGGACAAUUCCAGCUUGAUGAACUUCCUUGUGCACAUGCUUUGGCAACUUUGAGGCACAUGAACGAGUCUUAUAAAAAUUAUUGUUCUCCUUAUUACACGAGGGAGAGCCUUUUGCAGACUAAUGGAAUACUAGUAGACCCGCUGCCUGACGAAAGCAAAUGGAAUGUGCCACAACAUAUAGCUGAAGAAGUUGUAAUGCCACCUACUGGGAACAGACAGCAAGAGAGACCUCAAAAACAAAGAUACAAACCAUAUGAUGAAGUAAAUGCAAAGAAAUACAAGGUUUCAUGUGGCAACUGCGGACUAGAAGGGAAUAACAAAAGAUCUUGUAGGAAUGCUUCCAAAAGGAAAUAA